CAACUUGCAAAGAAAAAUACCCCCUGGGAGCCGUUUAGAUGCUCUUCAAGAUUCCCAUCUAGGGCACCCAGCGUCUUUGCUUUGCUGGUAUGCCCAGUGUCCUGGAAUUGAUAGGAGGGGACAGAGGAAGAAAAACCUGAGAAGGUGGGGGAGGAGGAUGGGGAGCAGACAAAUAGCAAAUACUCAGGCAAAACAAGAGACAAAACAAGUUCCCCCACCCCCAUUCUUUUUCUUUCUCUACCUCUAGUAUAAGAUGUACAUCUGCAGACAGGGCCAUUUCUAAGAGGAGGUUUUCCUGUCUGAUUUUUCCCCCUUCUAAGCUGGGACCAGUGUCUGUGCGUGCAAGUGUGGGUAUUCACAAGUAGUCGAGGAAGCUUACCUAUGAAAACUAAGUAGGCACCAUCUCUGGGGAUUCCUGCUGCCAGGUAAGAUUUGGCUUUUCUUCUUCUCUUUGUUGCUUCUCUUCUCAUAGAGGAUGUCUUUUAGCUGGGUUCAUGGGUGAACAGUCCUCUGCAUGCACCCAGUGCAGCAAGUGCAGCUGCUGUGCCUGUGGGCUGACACCAGGCACACGCUAAGGAGGCUUACUGCAGACUGGAGGAGUUUCCAGAGGGGGGAAGGAUGUUUCCUCAUUGCCUGGAGUUUGGAUGAGUGAAGGGGCACUUCAGGAACUGCCUGGAGGUGUCUUAGCCUGCUGACUGCAUGGUCAGGGACAGGUCUGUCCCUGGACCUGACCACCAGGCACAGGUCCACAUGCCAGCCCUCGGGACAGUGAGUGCCACUGCCACCCCGGCUGUGUCACAGAGGCAGAGGACACCAUCAUGGAGGUUUCAUCAAAAGAAAAUACUCACUUUUUCUCAAACAACACAAUCUUGCCCGUGGACCGAUCUUCAUUCAAAUCUGAAUCAUCCGCAUCCAAGGAAAAACAGUCGUGUUGUGGAGAUAUUUCUUGGUGCACUAUCUUUUGUUUAUUUUGCUAAAGCACUUUCAGGAAGUUAUCUGAAAAGUACUAUCACACAAUUAGAAAGAAGAUUUGACAUCCCCUCCUCUUUGGUUGGUGUUAUUGAUGGAAGUUUUGAAAUUGGGAACCUCCUAAUCAUAAUUCUAGUGAGCUACUUUGGAGCAAAACUUCACAGGCCAAGAAUAAUUGGAGCAGGCUGCUUAAUUAUGUCAGCUGGAACAUUCCUAAUCGCAAUGCCCCAGUUCUUCAUGGGACGAUACCGGUACGAAAGAUUCCCUUCCACCACCAAUUCAACUGUUAGCCUCUCUCCAUGUCUGCAGGAUAAAAGCCAAACUCCACUCUCAGUCUUGGAGAAAUCACAAACAAAAAUAAAUGCAGGGUGUGAAAAGGAAGCAGGAUCUUCCAUGUGGAUCUAUGUUUUACUCGGGAAUCUUCUACGUGGAAUAGGUGAAACCCCCAUCCAGCCCCUGGGAAUUGCAUACAUUGAUGAUUAUGCUGUUGAAGAGAAUGCUGCCUUAUACAUUGGCUGUGUGCAGACAGUUGCCAUUAUAGGGCCAAUAUUUGGCUUUCUCCUGGGAUCCCUGUGUGCCAAACUAUACGUUGAUAUUGGCUUUGUAGAUCUGGACAGCGUCACCAUAAGUCCCAAGGACAUGCAGUGGGUGGGAGCAUGGUGGCUGGGGUACCUGAUAGCUGGGGUGAUCAGUGUCCUGGCUGGCAUCCCCUUCUGGUUCCUGCCCAGGCACCUCCCGAAACCUGAGAGCAGGAAGGACUCCAGCACCUCUUCCGAGCACUCCAAGUUCAUCAUCGAGGAGAACAAGGACCAACGCACAUCCUCUUGGCAGCAAGCAAAGCUUGCUGAGAUGGCAAAAGACUUCUUGCCAUCACUGAAGAACCUCUUUGGGAAUCCAGUUUAUAUUCUGUAUUUGUGUGCAAGUAUCAUUCAGUUCAAUGCCUUAAUUGGCAUGGUGACAUAUAAGCCAAAGUAUAUUGAACAACAGUAUGGGCAAACAUCUUCAAAAACUAACUUUGUUAUAGGUCUUAUUAACAUUCCUGCUGUGGCCUUUGGCAUGUUCUCUGGAGGACUGAUCAUGAAAAAAUUCAGAAUUGGUGUUUUAGGGGCUGCAAAACUUUCGUUGGGGUCAUCUUUCUUUGGUUACCUUCUGCUGCUCUCGUUAUUUGCCAUGGGCUGUGAGAACUCGGACGUGGCCGGGCUGACUGUGUCGUACCACAGAACUAGACCCAUGACUGAUUACGAGCCAACCCUGUUUUCAGAGUGCAACUCGGGCUGCUCAUGUUCCAAGAACGACUGGGACCCCAUCUGUGGGGAGGAUGGAGUCACCUACGUCUCCGCCUGCCUUGCCGGCUGCCAGGCAUCCAGCGGCAGUGGGAAAAGCACCGUAUUUUUUAACUGCAGCUGUGUGGGAACCUCUGAAUCUUCACAGAGCUCCUCAGCUGUGGUGGGACCAUGUCAAAAAGGAAAUGAGUGUCCCAAAAUGUUUCUGUAUUUUCUAGUAAUAUCAGUUAUCACUUCAUACACUUUGUCAGUAGGUGGCACACCCGGAUACAUACUGCUUCUAAGAUGCAUUAAACCCCACUUGAAAUCAUUUGCACUUGGUAUCUAUACUCUGGCAAUAAGAGUACUUGCGGGGAUUCCAGCCCCAGUGUAUUUCGGAGUUGCCAUAGAUACCACUUGCCUGAAAUGGGGAAGCAAAAGAUGUGGGGGAAGAGGAGCAUGCAGACUCUAUGACUCCAGUGCACUCAGGUAUGUGUACCUGGGGCUGACUUUGGUCUUGGGCACGGUGUCAGUUUUCUUCAGUGUUGCUGUCCUUUGGGUUCUCCGAAAAAGGUCUUCUCCACAAGAUGAGACCCUCUCAGCCAACGGGGAGAGAGGCGCCUGUGGGACAAAGAGCAGAAAAGAUAAUUUUGUCAAUAGUGACCAGUUAAUUCAGUCAACUUACUGGCCAGAAAAGGAGACCAGACUUUAGAAAAACCGAGAUCUCCACCGUGAUUUUACCCAGUCCAGGCAAAAAUCCAUCAUCAGUGAAGCAGUAUCUUAGUAGCUACCCUGAAAAUGUUCACCUUCUUGCAAUUUUCACUGUGAACCCCGAAAGCAAAGACCACCAAUCUUUAGCAUGUGAACAGCUCUAAAAGCACUGCUCACCAUGUUUUCUGCCGAGUGAGGGGAUUUCCUAUGGCUGGGGAGGUGCAGUGGUGCCCUCCCCAAAGUACCGUUUUCAGAGCCCCUCAGCUCCCUCCCUGCUCACGGAGCUGCCCUGCUGCCCCUCAGUCUCCUCCUGCUGUGAGGGGCCGUAGGGAGGCUGCCAUGCAGCUCCCUCUGCCAUGGGACCAGCCAAGGGCACGGAUCCUGGCUUGGCAGCCCAGAGGGAUCUCUGGCACGGCAGCCCAUCCUUGCCAACAGCGAGGCACGGGGCAGGAGGAAGGCGGUUUGCUGGAAGGAAAAAUCAGCCACAGGCUCUGGGCACCUCACAAAUUCAAGCCACAACACUUAGGACGUCAAGUGUUGUGGUUAGGAAUCCAUUUUCCAAUAGCUUUUUUCUAGCACAGCAAUCAACUAUAGAAGUUGUCGUUGCAGUCAAACAGGCCACAAGAGUACCAUCCAAAGGAAACUGGAAUGAAAAUAGAGCUUUUUUGUAGAUUUCCAGCAGUUUCUUGCUAUUUGCUAGUACUCAGUGUACUAAAUAAUUCCAUGCACUUUAUGAUGUAAUAACAAAAUUAUAAAAGCUACAUAUGAUUUAUAUUUUAAACAGCUAUGACAAGACAGCUUGGGAAAA